AAUGCGGACGCUGUAGAGUGAAGCAUUCUGGGACAUGUACACAACUGUAGCGGAUAUGCUUGAGUGAAAAACAUAAAUCUGGCUGAUAAAAUAAAAAAAUGAAGCGUGUCUUUACCCUAGCAGACAGAAGUUGGCACGGAUCUACCCUGCAAUACAAAUGGCAAAAAACGUUGGGGAACUACAUUGCUGUGUCUGGCCCUGACAGCUCAGUGAAGAUCUAUGAUCGACAUGGGCAGAAGAAGAAUGAACUUACCCUCCCAGGGCGCUGCAUAGCCAUGGACUGGGACAAAGAUGGAGACACCCUGGCUGUCAUUGCUGAAAAGUCAAGCUCCAUCCACCUGUGGGAUGCCAAUGUCAACAAGUCCUCCCAGAUAGACAGUGGCAUGAGAGACCAGAUGUCCUUCAUCCUGUGGUCGAAGACGAGCCCCCUGUUAGCUGUUGGAACAGCCAAAGGAAACCUGCUCAUCUACAACCAACUGACGUCACGCAAGAUCCCUGUACUGGGUAAGCACACCAAGAGGAUAACCUGUGGGUGCUGGAGUUCUCAGAACCUGCUUGCUCUGGGCAGCGAAGACCGCACCAUCACCAUUAGCAACCACGAAGGAGAUACAGUCAGACAGAUGUCUGUGCGAGCUGACCCUGCGGAUAUCCAGUUCUCUGUGAUGAAAACGGAUGAGAGGUCGUCCCCAGGGGAAAGCACUGUGAGUGUUGCCGUGGGGAAGAAGACCCUGUUCCUGUACAACCUGAACGACCCAGAUAACCCCAUCGAGCUGGCCUUCCAGCCACGCUACGGACACAUCAUAUCCUACCGCUGGUAUGGAGAUGGCUACAUUAUGAUUGGCUUCUCCCAGGGCUACUUCGUGGUGAUUUCCACCCACAUCAAGGAGAUCGGCCAGGAGCUGUUCCAGGCCCACAACCACAAGGACAGCCUGACUAGCGUGGCCAUCUCCCCCACACUCAACAAGGCUGCUUCCUGUGGAGACAACAGCAUCAAAAUCCACGACCUGUCUGAGCUGAAAGAGAUGCACGCCAUUGUUAACCUGGACGAUGAGACCAAAGGUCUUGACCAGCUGAGCUGGACAGAUGAUGGGCAGCUGCUGGCUGUGUCCACCCAGAGGGGCACCCUGCAUGUGUUCCUGACACGCCUGCCCAUUUUGGGGGCCAGCUGGGGCACACACCUGGCCUACCUCACCUCCCUGCUGGAGGUCACAGUCUCCAACCAGUUGGAGGGGGAAUCACCUGUUGUCAUAGCAGUGGAGGUGGAGCCCAGCUUCAUCGCCGUGGGCCCAGACCACCUCGCUGUUGGGAUGAACAACCGAGCCUGGUUCUACAGCCUGGGAGACAGAGGUGUACAGAAGAUGAAAGAUGUAGAGUACCUGGGGACGAUAGGUAGCAUGUGUCUCAACUCUGACUACGCUGCUGCUCUUCUGGAUGGCAAAGUGCAGGUGCACAUGAUUGAGGGGGAGGAGCAGGAGGAGCAGAGACAGACUAGGCUGUUUCCUGACAAAGACAUCCCAGGUCGCAUCCUCAGCCACGCCCUCACCAAUGACUUCCUCUUCUACAGCACUGAUCAGGCAGGGAUGGUGGUGUGUGUGCUGCUGGAGGGCUGGCAGGUGGUCAGCAGGUUCUCUCUCAGCGUGGCUGUGAGGAGGGUGUUCCCAGACCCCAACGGCACCCGACUCGUCGUCAUCGACGACAAGAGUGACGGCUUCCUGCUCUGUCCCACCAGUCAGGAGGACCUGCAGGAUAUUGCUGGUUUCCCCCCCAGCAUCACUGGGCUCCUCUGGGAGAACUGGCCCGCCGACAGAGGAGUUUUUGUUGCCUAUGACGACGACAAAGCCUACACAUAUGCUUUCCACAAGAACACCAUCUACGGUCCCCAGGUGGAAUUGGUAGGGAACACCAAGCUGCCCUUCUCCCAGAAGCCCUUGCUGCUGUACAACGGAGAGCUGGUGUGUCAGACUCAGAGUGGGCAGACCAGCACCGUGGCUCUGAGCACACACACCUUCCUCACACACACACACACACACACCGUGGAGGAGCUGCGCAAACAGCUUACACAGGCACUCCAGCUUAAGAGGUUCCCUGAGGCAUGGGAGCUGUGCAGGGCGCUGGGCUCUGUGGAGGGCUGGGGGGAUAUGGGCCGCGCCUGUCUAGUCCACAUGGAGCUGCAGCUUGCUGGAAGAGUUUACCGCAUGAGCUCCAACAUUGGCAUGGUGAUGUCCCUGGAGGACAUCCAGGGGAUAGAAGACAAGAAUCUACUGGCGGGUCAUCUGGCCAUGUUCCUGAAUGAAUACAAUAGAGCCCAGGACCUUUACCUGUCCUCCUCCUGCCCUAUCGCUGCCCUGGAGAUGAGGAGAGACCUGCAGCACUGGGACAGCGCUCUGAUGCUGGCCAGGAGACUGGCUCAGGACCAGAUCCCCUUCAUUUCUAAGGAGUACGCAGUCCAGCUGGAGUUCAUAGGGGAGUAUGUGAGCGCGCUGGCCCACUAUGAGAAAGGCUUGACCCUCAACACACAGUUCCAGGAGCACGAUGAGGCGUGCGAGGGGGGCGUGGCCAGGAUGUCCAUUCGUAUGGGUGACAUCAGGAAAGGGGCGGGGCUAGCCAUCCAGCACCCCAGCAGAACUUUGAAGAAGGACUGUGGAGCCAUCCUGGAGAGCAUGAAGCAGUUUUCUGAGGCAGCACAGCUCUAUGAGAAAGGCCUGUACUAUGACAAGGCAGCGUCUGUCUACAUCCGCUGCAAGAACUGGGCGAAGGUAGGAGAGCUGCUUCCUCAGGUCUCGUCUCCCAAGAUCCACCUCCAGUAUGCUAAGGCCAAGGAGGUGGACGGCAGGUACCAGGAGGCAGCACAGGCUUAUGAAAGUGCCAGGGACUGGGACAACCUGAUCCGGGUGCUUCUGGAACACCUCAACAGCCCUGAGGAUGCCGUGCGCAUUGUCAGGGAAACACAGAGCAUCGAUGGAGCCAAGAUGGUUGCCAGGUUUUUCCUGCGUUUGAAUGACUAUGGCUCAGCCAUCCAGUUCUUGGUCCUGUCUCACUGCAACGACGAGGCCUUCCAGCUCGCACAGCAGCACAGGCAGAUGGAGCUGUAUGCUGACAUCAUAGGCUCAGAGGCGACCCAGGAGGACUACCAAAGCAUUGCUCUGUACUUUGAGGCGGAGAAGACACACCUGCAGGCUGGCAGGUUCUUCCAGAAGUGUGGCCAGUACAGCCGAGCCCUAAAGCAUUUUCUCAAGUGUCCCAAUUCUGAUGAUAACCUGGCCAUAGAGAUGGCUAUUGAGACUGUGGGGCAGGCUAAAGAGGACUCCUUGACGAACCAGCUGAUAGACUACCUCAUGGGAGAGAGUGAUGGCAUGCCAAAGGAUGCCAAGUACCUGUUCCGCCUUUACAUGGCCCUGCAGCAGUACAGGGAGGCGGCCCGCACUGCUAUCAUCAUCGCCCGCGAGGAGCAGUCUGCAGGGAACUACCGCCAUGCCCAUGACGUGCUGUUUAGCAUGUACACAGAGCUGAAGACUCAGGAGAUCAAGAUCCCAGCUGAGAUGAACACCAACCUGAUGAUACUGCACUCCUACAUACUUGUCAAGGUCCAUGUGAAGAGAGGAGACCACCUUAAGGGGGCUCGCAUGCUCAUCAGAGUCUCUAACAACAUCAGCAAGUUCCCCUCUCACAUCGUGCCCAUCCUGACGUCGGCAGUGAUCGAGUGUCACCGUGCCGGUCUGAGAAACUCUGCCUUCAGCUUUGCUGCCAUGCUGAUGAGACCAGAGUACCGCAACAAGAUCGACCCCAAGUACAGAAAGAAGAUAGAGGCCAUGGUUCGUCGUCCAGAUACCUCAGAGGUGGAUGAGGAGAACACUCCGUGCCCCUCUUGUGGCUUCCAGCUGCCCCAGAAUGAGUUGCUGUGUAUCUCCUGCAAGAACAACCUGCCCUACUGCAUAGCUACAGGGCGUCACAUGAUCAAGGAAGACUGGUCAGUGUGUCCUCACUGUGAGUUUCCUGCUCUCUACUCCCAGUUCAUCUUGCUGUUGGAAACAGAGACUGUGUGUCCGAUGUGUUCUGAGAGUUUGAGUGUGAAUCAGGUGAAGAAAAUCUCAGACUGCUCCAACUACCUGCAACCUGACCAGGUGGAGAACUGAUACAGGCUACCUUGAUGUGCCGGCUGCCGUUGGUGUUUGGAUAAUCAACCUCAUCCACAAUCACCUUUUAUAAACCCUAACCAUUUCAAAACUGUAACCCUUUAUAAACCCCAAACCUAUAUAAACUGUGUUGAUUCUGAUUUCCUUUGUUUUUUCAGGCUGUCGAGGCCCAUUUAUACCCAGUUACCUAAAACAUUAAGGUAUUACUGUACAUAAAAAUAAAUCCAUAACUGCUUGUUACAUUCUGCUAGAAAUAUGUUAAAUACUGUCACUAUUUUAUCAAAUUAAAAUGCUUAAUUUUAAUCCUCAAAUGAAUAUUUUUCUUCAUAAAAUAAACAAUGUGUAAAACAACG